CGGAGGUGGCACCUUCCGGGCUCGCCCGGGCUUUGGUCCACACUUAUUCAGGUACUUAACACCCUGGAGACCCAGACUGCGGCUUUUAGAGCAUCCCGGGUGGGAAGAGCUAUUUAUAUAGACUGGGAUUCCGCUGUAAGCGCGCUAAUAUCUCGGCAGCCAGAGCAUGGCGUGCGCCUCGCACGCCCACCAGUAGGAGAGGCGUCCCCGUCCACCCCUCGGUUCCCAGCCUGCCCUGCCCCCGCCUCCUUCCCCUCGGCCAUGGCCACCUCUGGACGCCUCAGCUUCACCGUGCGAAGUCUUCUGGAUUUACCCGAGCAGGACGCGCAGCACCUGCGGAGGCGGGAGCCGGAGCUCCAAGCCCCCGGGCCAGGCCCCUGCGCCACCUGGCUGGAAUCCGAGCGCGGUCACUACGCGUCCUCGGACGAGAGCAGUCCAGAGACCAGCCCGCCUGACUCGUCGCAUCGGCCGCCUGCUCAGCCUGCAUCUCCGGGUUCGGACGCCGAGAAGAGGAAGAAGCGGCGGGUGCUGUUCUCCAAGGCGCAGACUCUGGAGUUGGAGCGGCGCUUCCGGCAGCAGCGCUACCUGUCGGCGCCCGAGCGCGAGCAGCUGGCGCGCCUGCUGCGUCUCACGCCCACACAGGUCAAAAUCUGGUUCCAGAACCACCGCUACAAGCUGAAGCGCGCGCGCGCGCCGGAGGCUGCGGAGUCGCGCGACUUGGCAAUCACCGCCGAGCUGCGCGCUGCGCCUGGCCUGCUGCGCCGGGUGGUGGUGCCGGUGCUGGUGCGCAAUGGGCAGCCGUGCGGCGGCAGCGGCGAAGUGGGCACGGCUGCCUCCCAGGACAAAAGUUGCGUACCCCCAGCCGCCGCCUGCCCUGUGCCGGGCUACGCUGCCUUCGGGCCCAGCUCGGCGCUGGGUCUCUUCCCCGCCUACCAGCACUUAGCGCCCCCCGCCCUGGUCUCUUGGAACUGGUGAGGUAGCUGCGGGGCGCCGGCACUGGGGCUACCCCGCACUUUGUAGUGCGCCCUGCGGCUGGAGCAGGGCUGGGAUCAGACCAGAGUGCUCCCUGGGCUCCAUCUCCCUGCGGGCCCAAUGUCCUUUGGCUCCGGGGUCCCCUGCCAGGCUCUCAGCAGCCAUUGCGCAGGGAACUUUCGCCAAGAUCCCCCUCUCCUCUUCCCUCGACCGCCAGCCCCAGAGCUAGAUUUUAUUGCUUGAACCUUAUUUGUAUAUUUUUAAAUAGCUAUUUGUA